ACCAGGUCGACUCGACAGCUGGAGCAUAGACAGCGCCGCUGGCCCGCAGGGUUCGCCGGCGGCCUUUCUACGCGUCAGAAAACCACUUCUGCGAGUUGUGGUGCACGCGCGCUCACGCUAGACCCCUAGUUUCCGCCUAGCGACUCGAGGAGCUGACCCUUGUGCAUACGCGCGCCGCGGCAAACCCAUCACUUCCCGAGCUAGCGAGCUGACCCUUUUGCGCCAUGGCUGAUCCACUCGGCGCCGACGCCCUCGCCGCCUUGGUGAAUGAGCUGAACAUCACCAAACACGAGCCCAAGCUCCAGGCCGCCAACAUCACGACGCUGCGCCAGCUCAAGGCCUUGGACGACGACGGCCUCUCGGCGCUCGGGUUGCCCAAGGGCCCGACGGUGCGCCUCCGCGAGAAGCUCAAGGCCGUCGCCGCCGUCCCCGUCGUGACGCCCCCGCAAACGGCGUCGCCGCCGACGCGCCAGGCGCCCUCGCCGUCGGGCGACAACGACUGCCCGAUCUGCUGCGACCGGCCCUGCGACCGUAGGGCCGACUGCUCGGGCCAGCACGAGUUCUGCUCGGUUUGUAUUCAACAGUGGCGCGCCCAAACCGUCAUGAAGGCCCAGCAGGGCACGACCUGCCCCUGUUGUAGGGAGCCCAUCACGUCCGUGACGAACCUGACGACGGGCCAGAAGGCGGCGCCCGUCUCGGCCGCGCCCUGGGGCUCGGCGGCGGCGGCGCCGGUCCAGCGCGCGCAGCCGCGGCCGCUCCAGCGGGUCCCGCCGCGGCCGCUCGUGCAGCCGCCCCAGCCUAGACCGAUGGCAAACCCCUUCAACCACGCGGGCAACGCGCCGCCCCAGCCGUCUUCAAGGGCCGCGGCCCUCGCGCCGCGGCCGCCUCCACAACCCGAGGAGCGCAAGGACGAGUCGAACUCUAGGUGGCGGUCCUCGGCCUUGGAACAGCGGCGCCAGGAGGCCUCUUCGCGCGAGACGCAACUCAAGCGGGACCUGGAGCGCACGCGCGCCGAGCUGGAGGGCGCGAAGCGCGACUUGGAUGCCGCGCGCCGCGACGCCCAGGCGGCGGCGCAGCAGGCGUACAGCGCGAAGACCGCGCAGGAGACGGCCGAGCGGCGCGCCACCGAGGCGGAGGGGCGCGCGCGGUCCGCGGCCCAGGACGCCGAGCAGCGCGCGAGAGCGGAGAGCUCGCGGGCUCUCGCCGAGGCCGCGCGCGACCGCCAGCGCAUGGCGUCGGAGAUCGAGUCGCUGAAGGCGCGGCUGCAGGCGGCGAACACGGCGGCCUCGGGCUACCAGCGCGCGCAGCGCGACGCCGAGGACGCCCGGGAUCGCGUCCAGCGCGAGCUCGCCGCUUUACGGUCGCGCCAGUCGCAGCAACUCAACGCCCAGUGGAACCAGCGCCAGGCGCUCGCGCACCAGCAGCAGCAGCGGCCGCCUCCGCAACAGCAGUACCAGGCGCCGCCGCCGCCGCGCGCGCGGGCCGCGGCGCCGCCGCCCUCCUCGGAUGUGGCCGUGGCGCGCGUCAUCCCGGGCGCGACGCCGGCGCAGUGGGCCUGCCCGCACUGCACCUUCGCGAACCUGCUGCACCGCACGCAGACGACGGCGGCGGGCCUCUCGAUCUGCGAGCUCUGCACGCGCACGGCGCGCGUGCAAUAG